AUGGAACUAGACCAUGAAGAAGAAGUUCCUUAUUUGCCAAUGAAUGAAGACCAGUUCUUACAGGCUAAGCAGUCUAUGAAUGCAGGACAAAAGGGAAUUUUUACAUUAGUUACCCAGUCCAUACAAAAUCAAAUGUCAGGUGCUGAAGAACGUUUAAAAAUAUUCUUUACAGGAGGAGCUGGUGUGGGCAAGACUUUUCUAUUAAAGUUAUUACGAGACCAAAUUAAUAGGUGCUACGCAAAGGAUGCGGUUAAAGUCUGCUCACUAACAGGAGUUGCAGCUAGAUUAAUAAAUGGAGCUACGAUACACAGUACUUUAAAAUUGCCUGUACAGAAAGACGGUCGCAUAACAGGUAUGUCACCACUGUCCGGAAACUAUUUGCGAAUAAUGAGGCACCAAUGGCAUCAGACAGAAUUUUUGAUUGUCGACGAGAUUUCCAUGGUGUCUUAUCAAAUGUUAUGCAUGAUGGACGCUCGAUUAAGGCAAAUUAAGAACUGUGAAAAUGAGUUUUUUGGAGGAGUAAACGUAUUACUUUUCGGUGAUCUUUUACAACUGCCUCCUAUAAAACGAUCAGGAACACCUGUUUUCAAACAGCCAGAACAUCUCCAACCAGCUACACAUCUCUGGCGUUUAUUCACGCUGUGUGAAUUAACUGAAAAUAUGCGUCAGCAAGGUGACCAGACUUUUAUUGAUAUUUUGAAUGCUUUGAGAGUCGGUGAGCUAACAACCCAACAUUUUAGUAUUUUAAUGGGAAGACUUCUUCAAGACACGAGUGAUGAGUUUGCAAUAGACAAAGCGUUAAGGGUAUACCCCACAAAUCAACAAGUUAACGACCACAACUCUGCUGUAUUGAAUUUGUACAGAAAUAAUGGUGCUCGCAUUUACAAAAUAAAAGCGCAGGAUCAGCUAGUACACGCCACACGAAAUGCAGACAAUGUGGAUAUAGCUACUAUAAUACCAGCUGAUAUCAACAAAACUGGGGGUUUACCAGCGGAACUGCAAAUAUUUGUGGGGGCAAAAGUCAUGCUACCGUCCAAUAUUGACGUUUCAAAGGGAUUAGUAAAUGGCGCUAUAGGCUACAUCAACGAAAUCGUUUGGCCUCAAUUUCGUCGAACUCAGAUGUAUGCAACAGAUGUACCUUCCGUCCGAAUUGAUUUCGCAAGAGACGGAGUACAUUUUAUACACCCGAAAGCCAUACAGUUUCCAGCUAAGUUCAAUUACGGGACGGCUGAAAGAAGAAUGUUGCCUUUAAUACUAUCAUGGGCUUCUACAAUACAUAAAAUGCAGGGCAGCACUGUGGAUCACGCAGUCGUAUACUUAGGUGCGAAUUGUUUGAAGAAGGUCAAGCCUACGUGGCUCUUAGUAGAG